UAUUGAAUCUCAAAGGAAUAUCCUAACCCAGUAAUCUCAUUUAUAAAACAAAACUACAACAUGUAUCCAUACGGUUCUGGAAUGCCACACUCAUCACAACCCCCAACAAAUGAGCAAGCUAAAGUGCCGUUUGGCAUUGGUUUUGUCACUGCACCGAUACACAGCGCCGCACCACCGCCUAACCAACCACAGCACUUCCAACAAUAUCCAAAUCAGCAUGGUGGCGCACCAUAUCCUAUGCAUUCGCCAUACCCUAACACAUCAGCGCCAUACCCUGUAAAUGUGUCUUCGCCACCAUAUCCAACCAAUAAUGCACCGCAUGUGGCUCCCCAACAGGGCGUUUCAUACCAACAGCAUGUGUACAGUCAAAGCCAUUCUAAUCAGCAUCCAAUAGCACAUAAUGCGAAUGCUUCAUAUCCGGUUAAUACAGGUGGAUACACACCAGCCAUGACAUAUCAGGCUUCUAAUCGCCAUGAACAGGGAUAUGGCUUUGGCCAGGGUCACGCUUAUGGGCAUGGGCAGGUGUAUGGUCAUGAGCAGGUGCAGCUGUCACCCAAUCAAAUCUUUACGUUGAACAAAGAGGGCACUCCCACUUUAUUCCCGGCUCAAGGAUUUGAUCCGGUAAAGGACGCUCAUGACUUGCGCAAAGCAAUGAAAGGUUUCGGCACCGACGAGGAUAAACUCAUUGAGAUCAUCUGCCGUCGCAACAAUGAACAGCGCCAGGAAAUCCAACGUCAGUACAAAACCCAUUUUGGCAAGGAUCUUAUUGAGGAUAUAAAAUCGGAGACGAGUGGAAAUUUCGAGAAACUGCUGGUUGGUCUUCUUCGUCCAAUUGUCGAUUACUACUGUGCCGAAUUGAAUGACGCCAUGGCUGGCAUUGGCACCGACGAGGAGGUGCUCAUUGAAAUUCUAUGCACACUAUCCAAUGUCGAAAUUCAUACAAUCAAAAAUCAAUAUUUGCGUCUAUACGGUGCCCAUUUGGAGUCCGAGCUUACAUCGGAGACAUCCGGCAAUUUUAAGCGUCUGCUCAUUUCACUAUGCACUGCUGCGAGGGACGAAAGCGGCCGUGCCGAUCCCAACCAGGCCAAAGAAGAUGCCAGGGAGCUACUGAAGGCUGGCGAGCUACGCGUCGGCACCGAUGAGAGCAUGUUCAAUAUGAUACUUUGUCAGAGAAAUUAUCAGCAAUUAAAACUUAUAUUCCAAGAGUAUGCGGACAUGACUGGCCAUUCACUGGAGAAAGCCAUCAAAAAGGAAUUCUCUGGCGAUAUUAUGGAAGGUCUAAUUGCUAUCUUCAAGUGUGUCACAAACAAAGCCGAUUACUUCGCUUCACGCUUGCACAAAUCCAUGGCUGGCAUUGGCACCAACGACAAGCAAUUGAUUCGCGUAAUCAUCACACGAUGCGAGAUUGAUUUGGCAGACAUUAAGGUGGCCUUCGAGCGUUUGUAUGGUAAAUCGUUAAAGAGCUGGAUCAAGGGCGACACAUCUGGUCAUUACAAACACGCUCUGUAUGCGCUGGUGGGAGAACAACGCUCAUCUUAAACUUAAAAUAACUGUUUUACAUUUUAUGUAUCCUACUUCUUAUAUUUUUUAAAAUUUCUAUAUUUAUAUAUGCAUAUACGUAUGUAUAUGUACUUUGACUACGAAGUAAUUAUUUUUAUUUAAAUUAGCAAAAAGAAUAUUCAAUUCUUCAAUAUUUUAUGGUAUAAUUGUUUAUUAAAACAUCCCAACGCAAAAAAACUAUGUAACAUCAUUAUCUGUGCCUCAAAAGAAACCCUACAACUUGUGGAAUUGCAUUUAUGUUAAAGACGAAAUUAAAUAUAAAAACAUUGUUUGACCAUUUAUGUGUAUUGAAACAUGGAAUUUAUAAAUCUCUCUUUUGUAAUGUCAAUUUAAA